AUGACACGUCAGAGAGAGCGUCACGUUCACAGGAGGCGUCGGAUGACCUCACGUUCCCAGAGAGAGGCGUCGGGAGGACCUCACGUUCAGGAGAGGUGUCGGAUGACCUCACGUUCCAGAGAGAGGCGUCGGGAUGACCUCACGUUCCCAGAGAGAGGCGUCGGGAGGACCUCACGUCACAGAGAGAGGCGGGAUGACCUCACGUUCCCAGAGAGAGGCGUCGGGAUGACGGAGAGAGGCGUCGGAGGACCUCACGUUCACAGAGAGAGGCGUCGGGAUGACCUCACGUUCGCGUCGGGAGGACCUCACGUUCCCAGAGAGAGGCGUCGGAUAACUCAGAUGUACUCGCGAGAAACAGGAAGAGGGUGA